AUGUAUCAGGCGCACUUUGGUGACAAAAACACGCGUGAGACCACUGCCGCUGGGAAUACAAAGUCACGUUUUUUUGGUUCAGCUAUAAAUCCCUCAUCACGCAGCUUGAGAAGAAGUUCGGUCUCUUUUACACCUCACAGCCAGGCGCUGCGCACCAACUCCGGAGGGUUGCCCACGUGUAUUGCAAAUCAAAGUGUUACGCCUGCGACGAAUAUGUCUUCAGCUGGGAAUGCCGCUUCUGUUGCACAUGCUUCCCCUGCUCCUGUGUUAUCAUUGGCUCCCCAUAGUCCCAUCAAUACGGUGAUUGCUCCUUUUCACCAGCCGCUGCAGCAACAAACCGUGUUUGUGGUAAAUGUGGGCGAUGUGCAGCCAAUCCCAUGCGUACCCGUCCAGCAAGUAGUCUUGGCGUCCCCAAGCCCCUUAAAUGCACCACAAUUACUUACGAGCGAGGCUUUCAACACGUCCCAUAGCCGUAGCAGCAGUGGGAAUUUUUCGGUUGAAGGGACUUCGAGGGAUGUCGCAGAAGGAGGCUUCUCCCCGUUAACGCCUGUAGGAUUUGUGGGUGAACCAGCAGUACUUGGUUUCCAGAAUCUGGCUUCCCCAGUCGCAUCACCUAACACGCACAUUUUUCAGUCGCCAUUGCAUUUUGCCUAUUAUUUACCCCCAACACCAUUGGAGCAAGGUGAUAAUAAAUUGGCGACAUCACAGUUUGCCAAUUUUUUAAGCAAUGACGGCAGCAGCCAAAUUCCCGCGCCUGUAAACAACACGACUGAUAUUAAUGGUAAAGAGAAGAUGGAUAACGUCAAUGGUGAACCACAUGUUGAGGUGUAUGCCCCUGACUUUACCUGUAUUAUUUCUCUUCCAGUCUCUGCUAUUACGCAAUUGCCACACUCGUCAUUGGGUGUUUCACGGUUGGUUCUUUGUCGAAAAUAUGUCCCUGGUCAUCCGGAUAGCUGCUGGAAGGGUGCCAUGUGUAAGUUUGUGCAUGCCGACCCUAUGGGCGCACUACAGUGUCCCAUUCACGUGAACUACUCUUGGCGAAGCGUGGAGCGCUGCACGUAUCAGCGUCUCCCAGCUGGAGAAAUGAUUGUUGUGCUGGCACCAAAUGGCAGAGAACCUGCGGAGACGUUUCCGAGUGAGCGCGUUUUGGUUACCCGAGGAAGUCUCAACCGGAAAACUCACGCCGGACCACCCUCUCGCUGCGCCCACUACUACUUCAACCGUCUAUGCAACCGAGGUGAGAACUGUAACUUUAUUCACACCAUUCAUGUUGAUCCGAAUGUGGAGGAGGACUUUAAGCGUGCCCCGGCGUGCAACUCCAUUGCGCCAAUCAAGAAACGAAAUGAACACGCAAAGCCACUUGCCUCAGAACGUUCCGAUGGAUUGAGUAAGGGGGAUGCCAUUGAAACCAGUAAGAAAACCGCUAUGGCACCGUGUUCAGUGGGGCACAACAAUAUUCCUGAGUCUUUUGACUUUGCAGCCAACACUGUGUCAUCCACCAAUUCAAACUUUUACCUCGCAGUACCUCAGAAUGCCACACGCCUGUCGAAUUGCUCAGUGCCGUCGGUGGGAGGUGCCAGCGCGCGCAGCAGCUCCAGUGGGGUGACGAAUCCAAUUGAAUGGACAUUUGUGGAUAACCUGGAUUGCUCUAUUUGGUCAGACGGAGAGAAGGCACCUCUGCCCUCUUAA